UUUUCAAUGACAGGAGCCUGACAGCCAACAACAAGGGGCAACACAACCAAAGAACAUUUUAUAUUAAUAACAAAGCAAAGAAAAAGGGCGUGUGCACAGAAAGUGAAGCUGCAGUGCUGUCUCGACUUUUUGUGCCUUUUUUUUUUACAAGUUUAUAUCGUUCCCAAAACACGUGGGCAAUCUACCAGUGUUCAUGUGUGACAUAUACAGCCUGGACUCACACUACGUGUCUCCACGAUGCAACAUGAGUUGGGCAAUGGAGCCUGCUAACUUCUACGAGAGCAACAAGCUGUGCGCCCCGCAGCAGGGGGUCUGCAAGCCGGGCAGCAGGAGCGAGUGUUCGGCCGAGGACGGCACCAUGGUGGAGCUGAGCACCGCGGCGCCCGCCAUGUACGAUGACGAGAGCGCCAUCGACUUCAGCCAGUAUAUCGAGUCCAUGACAGCCGUGCCAAACCUGGAGCUGUGCAACGACGAGCUCUUCCUGGACCUGUUCAACACUGUGAAGCAGGAGAAGGCGGAUUUCUACAACAUGCAGAGCCCCGCGAUGCCCGGGGACAUGCAGCAGCUGUCAGCCCAGUACGCAGAGAGGAAGGCGGACAGCGGGAUGGAGAGGGUGGCGUUCAGCGCGCCCAUCAAGCAGGAGUCCGACUGGAGUGACAGCGAGAUGUCUUCCUCCCCCCUACCGUCCCAGAUCGAGAGCUGCGCACAGACCUCCGUCAGCCUCCUCUCCACCGGGCAGCCUACUCCCCCCACCACCCCGGAGCCUGCCUCUAACGUCAGCUCGGCCAAAUCCUCCCCGAGGAAGAUGGGCAGAGAGAAGGGGAAGAGGGUUGACAGGAACAGCAUGGAGUACCGACAGAGGCGAGAGAGGAAUAACGUGGCUGUGAGGAAAAGCAGGGAUAAAGCGAAGAGGCGCAACGUUGAUAUGCAGCAGAAGUUGCUUGAACUGGGCUCUGAUAACGACAAGCUUCAUAAAACUAUCGAGGGGCUAACCAGAGAGCUCUCCGGGCUCAGAGAUUUCUUCAAGCAGAUGCCCAACCCCUCCUUUGCGAGUGCACAGAGACGGUGACAGAUCAAUGAUCCUAUGAACUGAGCAUAAUAGGAGACAUACCUCAACAGACAUUUCGUUUUUACCAUCUGUACCAGAUGUAUUUUAAGCUUACCAUAAUGGCACUGGAAAAUAUAUGAUGUUGCUGCCAUAUUUUUGUGGGAUUUUCCUCUGUAUUAAAUUAUUUUACCACUGCAUUUACAUGAUGUUAUACCUGAUAUGGUACAUGUUUUAUAAUUCCAAACUUUGUAUAAGAGCCAGAGCAUGAUCUUUUAUAUAGUUUGUAUGAAACCUUGAACACAUUUUUGUUUAUGGAAUCUAUAAUAAAAUUGCUGAAAAGGUG